AUGGCACGCCCUCUGAGCCUUCAUUCAACAUAAAUAGCAGUCAAAGCGUUUGGAGGAAAUGCUGCUUUCCCAUCUCUCACCCAAACCGUCACUCUCACCGCUCUCUUCCUUCCUCUCCUCUCUCGCCCUCCGCCGCCCUCCCAAAUCCCCUUUCCGUCCCUCCCAUUUCCCAAAAUCCACGCCUCGCCCUCGCUCUCGCCCUCGCCCCUCCGUUCCACCCUCCCUCGCAUGCCACGUCAGCGCCGGUGACGGUGUUCGUGGCUUUGUUUCCAUGGACUCGGACCUCGCCGUGUCCGUCGACUCCGUGGCGCACGAUUUGAAGAACCAGAGCCUCGGGGGCGACGACAGGAAGACGCUCGGAUUGAGGCUUGAGGAUCUGAAUUGGGACCACUCCUUCGUCCGAGCGUUGCCCGGUGAUCCGAGAACCGAUACUAUACCACGAGAGGUAUUGCAUGCUUGUUAUACGAGAGUGUCGCCGUCGGCCGAAGUGGAGAAUCCUCAGCUUGUUGCGUGGUCGGAAUCGGUGGCUGAGUUGCUUGAUUUGGAUUCUCAAGAAUUUAAAAGGCCUGAUUUCUCUCUUUUGUUUUCUGGGGCAUCGCCUUUGGUGGGAUCCUUGCCAUAUGCUCAGUGCUAUGGAGGACACCAGUUUGGGAUGUGGGCUGGACAAUUGGGCGAUGGUCGGGCAAUAACGCUUGGAGAGAUAAUUAAUUCAAAGUCUGAAAGGUGGGAACUGCAGCUUAAAGGUGCUGGGAAGACUCCUUAUAGCCGUUUUGCAGAUGGACUUGCAGUGCUCCGAAGUAGCGUCAGGGAGUUCCUUUGCAGUGAAGCUAUGCAUAGUCUAGGAAUUCCAACAACUCGUGCUCUUUGUCUUGUCACAACCGGAAAAACUGUGACUCGAGAUAUGUUCUACGAUGGCAACCCAAAGGAAGAGCCUGGGGCAAUUGUCUGUAGAGUUGCACAAUCCUUCCUGCGCUUUGGAUCAUACCAACUACAUGCCUCUAGAGGGAAAGAGGACCUUGACAUCGUUCGUGCUUUGGCAGACUAUGCCAUUAGGCGCCACUUUCCUCAUAUAGAGAACAUGAGUAGAAGUGAGGGUUUAUCUUUCAGCACAGGCGACGAAGAUCAUUCAGUUGUGGAUCUUACUUCCAACAAGUAUGCAGCUUGGACAGUUGAGGUUGCUGAGCGCACUGCUACUCUGAUUGCAAGCUGGCAGGGGGUUGGUUUUACUCACGGUGUGCUCAAUACUGACAAUAUGAGCAUUUUGGGUCUCACAAUUGAUUAUGGUCCUUUUGGAUUUCUCGAUGCUUUUGAUCCAAGUUACACACCGAAUACAACGGAUCUUCCUGGGAGAAGAUACUGUUUUGCAAAUCAGCCUGAUGUUGGCUUAUGGAAUAUUGCACAGUUUGCCUCAACCCUACAAGCUGCUGAAUUGAUAAACGAUAAAGAGGCAAACUAUGCCAUGGAAAGAUAUGGCACCAAAUUUAUGGACGAGUAUCAAGCUAUAAUGACUAAGAAACUUGGCCUCCCAAAGUACAAUAAGCAGAUGAUAAGUAAACUUCUAAAUAAUCUGGCUGUUGACAAAGUAGACUACACAAAUUUCUUUCGCUUGCUUUCAAAUAUCAAAGCUGAUCCCAACAUUCCUGAAGAAGAGUUGUUGGUUCCGCUAAAGGCUGUUUUGUUAGAUAUUGGCAAGGAGCGGAAGGAGGCAUGGAUCAGCUGGGUGAAAUCUUACAUAGAGGAGCUGGCUGCUAGUGGCAUCCCAGAUGAGGAAAGGAAGGCCUCGAUGAAUGCAGUUAACCCUAAAUAUGUACUCAGGAACUACCUAUGCCAGAGUGCCAUUGAUGCCGCCGAGACUGGCGAUUUUGGAGAAGUCCGAAGGGUGCUUAAAUUAAUGGAACGGCCGUAUGAUGAGCAACCGGGAAUGGAAAAAUAUGCUCGCUUACCCCCUGCUUGGGCUUAUAGGCCUGGUGUUUGCAUGCUUUCUUGUUCUUCAUGAGUUGCUUAUUUGCUCAUAAUAUUAUACUAAUACUAAAAGGAGUGUAACCCGUUUAUUUUUUCCCCUUUUUUUUGCUCUAGAUGACUCAUUGUAUAUAAUAGUUAAAUUCAGUUUUUUUCCUCUACAAUAAGUUGAGGAAGUUGUAUACCCUUGUUUUUUAAUGCAGCUGCAACAAUUUUAUCCCCGUAGGGGACA